CCGAGCAAUGAUGCAUCUUCAGAAGGGAAUCGAUCAUGAGCGGCGAAAGAAUCUCAGUUUACGCAAGCAUCUUCACGAAUCGGAUAUAAUCAUUAUUGGCCUGCAAAAUCAGCUAAAGAAUACACACUAUCGGGAAGUGGAGCGUGUCGGAAGUGUAAGCUGUCCGUCGUGCGGCUCGACGAUCGUCGGCGCCGGCGAAGCAUUAUGCGCUCUCACACACUCAAAUGCAAAUCUUUACGACGGCUCUUUUGUAUCAAAUGCCAGCGAUGUGCCGGAUGAAGUGAAAAGUUUUUGUUUACGAAAAUGUAGCGUACGUACGACGGCAGCCUCACCGAGAUCAUCGCGAACCGUUUUCGAGUCAGUGGAUUUUCAGCAUGAUUGUUUGGAUGACAUUGCUAAAUGUACCAUCAGAUCGCCUCGUAGUCCGUUGAAGCGCUCCUAUUCGGACAGCGAAUUGCCUUCCAUGAUUGCAGCGAUUGAGGCGGAAAACAGCUCACAGGAAUGCUUAGCGCCUCGGCAGCACUUACCCACUCGUGGCGAAUUGCUUGCAGAAAGUUUGGAUGGCACUAGUUUUUCGUCAGACGACGAUGCAACAACAAUUGAACUGUGGUCGAAACAGCUGCGACGGCGCGGCGACAAUGUACGUUUCAUUCCUCCACGGCGAGUAGUACGGCAAGCUACGUUCCGACAUUUCGGCCGAAGGGAACAAAGUGCGCUGGCGGAAUUUGAUUAUUUGCAAGAACUGAGCACGGAUGCCAGUGGAAUAGUGACGAGCUCGGACUAUUCCUCGCCCGAGGGGCGUCUGUUCGACAAGAAACCGAAGGUGCAGAAGAGCGGAGUGCUUUGCCGACUG